CCUGAUUUGUAAAAAUGGUAAAUAUAAUCGGAAAUUUGAACAGUUUUGGAUUUUGUGGGGACAUGCUACAUGUUGUCGCUAUCCUCAUUUUGUUGAGAUAUAUAUGGAAAUCUCAAUCCGUGAAUGGUUCGAUCCCAUCCUAGUUUCUCGUACAAUCUAGGAAAUAAUGGCGUCAGGAGCUAGUCGAAACAUUUUACCAGUGUAGAAAUUUUUGUGUUUUUUUGGAUUUAAACUGAAAGAUGUCACAGCAAACACGUAUAUUAUGUUCCCAGAUGUUAUUUGAAAUCAAUUCAUCAACAACAACAAUAUUUAUUGAUGGCAAGUAGUAAGAAAAAGAAGAAUAAAAGUAAACGAAAACGAAAACAAACAGGGUCGCCAUUUUCAAACAAAAAGAUAAAGAUGGCUGACAAAAAAAACUCAAAGAACUCAAACCCACAUAACUCAAAUAGUAAAGAACAAAGCCCAGCUUGUUCCAUACCUCAAAAACCACAAACUAAUCAGGAAACGAACCAGUCACCUUUAACCAGUAAUGUUUAUUCUGCUGCCCACCAAACAUUGUAUGGGACUUAUCCCGGCUAUCCGUUUACACCAUUUCAGCCACCAGCCCCUCAUACUACACCAGCUAAUUUGAUGCAGAGUAAUCAUCAACAAUUGCCUGCUAUGCUGUCCACCAUGCCACUAUUAACACCAUCACCAUACCAAUACACAAAUCCAGAUUUAAAUAAAUUUAUGAGUGAAGUGACAGAAAGACUGAAAAAAUUAGAUAUGCUAGAAGACAUAUUACAAAGGGUUGUCUCCAUGGAAACACACUGCAAGAAAAUAGACUGUGAAGUUUCUAACAUGAAAGAACAGAUAAAGACACAUACUAAUAAUAUCAUUAACCUUGAUCAAGGGCUAAGUGAAAUGUCAAACAAAGUACAGGACAUGGGUGAACAAAAUUACAUUCUAUUUGAAGAAAACAGACAAUUAAAAGAGAAAGUAAUAGAGCAACAAUCAAGAUCUAUGAGGGAAAAUUUGAUAUUUAAAGGUGUCCCAGAUGAUUACAAUCCAGAUGAGGACACUGAAGCAAUUCUGAAAGAUUUUAUUAAGAGUGAAAUACAAAUAGAAGAGGAAAUAAACUUUCAUGUUGUUCACAGACUUAAACCAAAAAAGGACAAGAGUCCAAGGGGCAUAGUGGCUAAAUUUGAGCGACGAAAAGACAGGAAUAUGGUGUUAAGUGCUGCAAUUCAAAAACUGAAAAACAAAAAGCAAUUUGUUGUGCAUGAACAGUAUCCCAUUGAAAUCAUUGAGCGGAGAAGAGAACUAGUUCCCAUACUGAAGGAUGCCCGAACUAAAGGACACGAGGCAGUUCUAAAGGAAGACCGAUUGUAUAUAGACAAAAAACGCUUCUUUCCUAGGACAUCUAGUCAACAUCCUCCUCCUCCUGUAGCAAUGGAUCAUGGUAAUGGUGAAUAAGACAGAUGUACAAGAGGACAGAGUAUUGACACUGAGAACAAAGACUCUCAUAAAAACAAUAAAUGUGUAAAUAAUGAUCUUAAUAUAUUUUUCUUAAAUGUGUGUGGACUAAAAUCUAAGUUGAAAUUUAAAGAAUUUACAGAUAAUAUACAAAACUAUGAUAUUUCAAUAUUUGUAGAAAGCAAACUUGAUAAUCUAGAUGUGUUAGAUGUUCCAAAAGAUUAUACAUAUGUAACAAAAAAUAGAAAAAAAAUGUGUAAAAAAUCAGGUGGUAUAGCAGUUAUUUACAAGAAAAGCUUAAAAACGAGUUUAGCAUUUAUAACGAGUGAAAGUCAAUUUGUACAGUGGAUGAAAGUAUCAAAAAGCAUUUUUGGUUUGCAAAAUGAUGUAAUUGUAGGUUGUAUUUAUAUACCACCUGAAGGUUCGAAAUAUUCAAAUCUAGAAGCUUUUGAUGAAAUCGAGAAUGAAUUAAUGUCUUUUAAGAAAGUAUCAGAUGUACACACGGCUCUUAUUGGCGAUUUUAAUGCAAAGACAGGUAUUUUGAAUGAUUUUGUAUUAGCUGAUGAAACUCUUUUAGAUCUUUUUCACUUAGACACUGACAACGAAAUUAUUUCAUAUAUGUUAGAUUAUGAAAAUCUUAAGUCUUAUAAUAUUCCAUUACAAAGAGUGACACAGUGUAGUUGUCAACCUAAUACUUAUGGGUAUAAAUUACUUAAUUGCUGUAAAAAAUUGAAUAUGUAUAUUGCUAAUUCCCGUAUUGGUGUAGAUAAAGGUGUUGGUAAAACUACUUGUAAAAAUACAAGUGUAGUAGAUUAUUUACUGUUAUCGUCAAAGCUUUUUACACUAGUCAAAAAAUUUGAAAUACAAGAGUUUGAUCCAUUGUUAUCUGAUGUGCACAGCGCAAUACACAUUACAUUAAAGUCACAAAGUACGUCACAUGAAAACAACUCUGUUACGUCAGACAAUACAUCAAAAACAAGGUGGCAAGAUAACAAACGAAACCAGUUUGUCAAUACAGUUCAUAAUAAAAAAGAACAGUUAUCGGCAAUACUAAACGACCUUCACAAUUUACACUCGAGUGAUCAUUGUACUCAACACGAAAUUGACACUGUCGUUGAUAACAUUGGCGAAAUACUCGUAUCAUCUGCGAGCGAAACAUUUGUUAAAAAUCCUCGCACUACAACUCAAAGAACUAACAAGAAACCAUGGUAUACUAAAAAAUGUUACGAUGCUAGAAAAAAAUUUCACAAAGCAAGAAAACAAUACAAUUUACACAAAAAUGAAACAAAUCAUAAAAAAUUACUUGACUUUAGCAAAAAAUAUAAGCAGAUAACCAAUAAAGCUUACAAUGACUAUCAGUUUAAUCUUGAGAGCAAGAUUAGAAAUACGUCAAAAACCAAUGGCAAGGAAUUCUGGAAAAUCUUGAAUAAAUUUAAUAAAAAGGGCAACGAUGAUCCAAACAUUAUAUCUAUGGAAUCUUUGUACAA